UGGCCGCCGCCGGGUUCGCAAACAACCGCGCGAACGGGCAGAAGGAGCCCGGAGCGAGAGGCGGGGCGGGCCGGGAGGCGGGGCGGGCGGAAGUCACAGCCGGGGAAGCCAGUCUGGACCUUCCCGCCUCCUUCCACAGGGUCGGUCCGAGCGGAGGAGGGUCACCGCCUCCUCCUGCGCGGAGAAGGGGGGGCGGAGCCCGACUCAGGUGAGGCGACCCCACCAGCUAGAGUGGCCUUGGCUCGCGCGGCGCGCUCACGUGUAGGCGGUUGAGCACCGGGAGCGCGCCGAGGCUUGGGGAGCGCGCAGACACGUACCGGUGCCGCUGGUCCACCCUGUCUUGCUGCCGAGGGGUAUUGUUACCCUUCUCCUCCGAGGGGCCAGGCGGGUGGGAGCCGGGUUCUUGUGCGCAGGCGUCCCCUGUGUCCCGACGCCCGGCUGUCUGUGCGGGGUGGGGCAGGGGCUGGUGCCCUGCAGAUCUCUCGCUGGAGAUGGAGCCUCCCGGGAUGCUGUGGGAACGGGUUCCCGAUCUGCAUCCUGACGGCAUGAGCCGAGGAGCGGCUGCCCUGCGGCCUGGAGGCGAGUGGCUCUCUUGCCCCUGUCCUGGCUCCUUCUGAACGACGAGGUUUCGUUUCAUCGGAGCAAGGCCACAAGCGGUCUGCCUUCGGGAGCCAGCGGCCGACUACAGGGGUGGAGUCAGCGUUUGGGAAUGCCCCAACUUGUUAGACAAAAGUGUUUAGCAGGCAUUUAUUGAAUGCCCACUUCUUCCAGGCUUCGUGGCGAGGAGCUGUGGGAUGCGGUGUCUUGUGGUUGGCAGUAAGCUAAAGUUGUGGCAAGGGGAGAGGACAGAUGGGCAAAGGACAGAGUGGUAGAGAAAAGCCCCUAGGCUAAAGGAAGGCCUUCCACGGCUUGCUUUGGAAAUCUCAGCAAGCUUGAGAAGACAGACAGACAGACGGACCUGGCCGCUGCUGCAGACUUGGUGACCUGCCAGGACAAUGGAUUUUCCUGGUCAUUUUGAGCAGAUCUUUCAGCAGCUGAACUACCAGAGACUUCACGGCCAGCUCUGUGACUGUGUCAUUGUGGUGGGGAACAGGCAUUUCAAAGCCCACCGCUCCGUGCUGGCGGCAUGCAGCACGCAUUUCCGAGCUCUGUUCUCUGUGGCAGAGGGAGAUCAAACCAUGAACAUGAUCCAGCUAGAUAGUGAGGUGGUGACAGCAGAGGCCUUUGCCGCACUGAUUGACAUGAUGUACACCUCCACGCUCAUGCUGGGGGAGAGCAACGUUAUGGAUGUCUUAUUGGCAGCCUCUCACCUGCAUUUGAACUCGGUUGUUAAGGCAUGUAAACAUUACCUGACAACAAGGACGCUGCCCAUGUCUCCCCCUGGUGAGCGUGUUCAGGAGCAGAGUGCUCGCAUGCAGCGCUCUUUCAUGCUGCAGCAGCUGGGACUGAGCAUUGUGAGCUCAGCCCUCAGUUCCAGCCAGAGUGGCGAGGAGCCGCCAGCCCCCAUGAGCUCAUCCAUGCGCAGCAACCUGGACCAGCGGUCACCCUUCCCCAUGAGACGCCUUCACAAGCGCAAGCAGUCUGUCGAGGAGCGGACCCGGCAGCGCCUCCGAUCCUCCAUGGAUGAAUCUGCCAUUUCAGAUGUUACUCCAGAAAGCGGCCCUUCGGGAGUUCAUUCUCGGGAGGAAUUCUUUUCCCCAGAUUCUCUGAAAAUUGUGGAUAAUCCUAAACCUGAUGGGAUGGCUGACAACCAGGAAGACAGUGCUAUGAUGUUUGAUCGGCCUUUUGGUGCCCAAGAAGAUGCCCAGGUGCCCAGCCAGUCAGAUGGCAGUGCUGGCAACAUGGCCUCUCGUGCAACUCAGGUUGAAACUAGUUUUGAACAAGAAGCUGUAGCUGAGAAAGGCAGUUUCCAGUGUGAAAAUCCUGAGGUUGGCCUUGGGGAGAAGGAACAUAUGAGAGUAGUGGUCAAGUCUGAGCCCCUGAGCUCUCCUGAGCCGCAGGACGAAGUGAGCGAUGUGACCUCCCAAGCAGAGGGCAGUGAGUCUGUGGAAGUGGAAGGAGUGGUGGUCAGUGCCGAGAAGAUAGACCUCAGCCCUGAGAGCAGCGAUCGGAGUUUCUCAGAUCCUCAGUCCAGUACGGACAGGGUCGGGGACAUCCACAUUUUGGAAGUCACAAAUAAUCUAGAACACAAGACCUCUUUUAGUAUUUCAAAUUUUCUCAACAAGGGCAGGGGGAAUAACUUUAGUGCAAGUCAGAGCACCGAUGACAACAUCCCAAACACCACCAGUGACUGCCGGCUGGAGGGCGAGGCCCCUUACUUGCUGAGUCCAGAGGCUGGGCCUGCAGGUGGGCCUUCCUCUGCCCCUGGUUCCCAUGUGGAGAACCCAUUCAGUGAGCCUACAGACUCCCACUUUGCCAGGCCUAUGCAGGAGGUGAUGGGCCUGCCGUGUGUGCAGACCUCAGGCUACCAAGGAGAACAAUUUGGGAUGGAUUUUUCCAGGUCUGGCUUGGGUCUCCACUCUUCCUUCUCCAGGACAAUGAUGGCUUCCCCAAGAGGAGGAGCCAAUAACUUUCCAUACUACCGCCGCAUAGCUCCCAAAAUGCCGGUUGUAACUUCUGUCAGGAGCUCCCAGAUCCCUGAAAACUCCGCCAGUUCCCAGCUAAUGAUCAACGGGGCCACCUCAUUUGAAAAUGGCCACCCUUCUCAGCCUGGCCCUCCACAGUUGACCAGGGCAUCUGCUGAUGUCUUGUCAAAGUGCAAGAAGGCCUUAUCCGAGCACAAUGUCUUGGUUGUGGAGGGGGCUCGAAAGUACGCCUGCAAAAUCUGCUGUAAAACCUUCCUGACUCUGACAGACUGUAAGAAGCAUAUCCGAGUUCACACGGGUGAAAAGCCCUACGCCUGCCUCAAGUGCGGCAAGAGAUUCAGCCAGUCCAGCCACCUGUACAAACACUCAAAGACCACCUGCCUGCGCUGGCAGAGCAGCAACCUCCCCAGCACCUUGCUCUAACCGGCUCUCCUUGUGAGACAGUACAUGGGCAAGUUCUGUACUGAAAUGAAAAGCGCUGUUGGCAGGCAGCUAAUGCCACUGGACUGGAGGCCUCAGCUGGCCGGUGGCUCUUGGAAUUUCAGCCUGUAGUAAGCGGGGAACUGUGAGGUGCAGCAUGUACACUGCUGCGUUUCUGAGUGAGGUGUGCACCAGGGAAAGUGACGUGAUCGCUGAAACCGAGUCCUUCCUCAGGGGUGAGGAAUGCAAAGUAGUUUGUCAUUGAUGGUAAGAGUGGGAAGCUGGAAACAUUGUAACACUAUUUUAAAGCCCUGGGGAGCAUUUAGUUAAAUUUCCUACAUCCUCUGAUGGGAGUAUCCAACCCUGUACAGAAAGGCAAAACAUACGUCUGUGUAACCAGGGAACUUGGUGCUGUCUGAAACAAAAAAGGCCCUGGAGGGCAAGCCUGUCUGCCACAAAUGCUUUAAAGUGUGUCCUGAGCUAGUCCUAGGCCUCAGAAAGUACUGUAUUUGUGUUUUUAUCUGAGUUGCAGUUACAGACACUGCCCUCUGAUGGUGCUGGCACUGGGUCCAGGUAAAUAGGCCCCUGGACAACAGGUGUAUAGUAUAUCCUUUUGAAUCAUCUCUGUGGACUAGGUGUUUUUAAUCAUUGGUUUUCUAGUCUUAAAAACAGUUGUAGUGGAGUAUGUACCUGUACGGAGUGACAGUGGGUGUUUCUGUACGUGCUGUGAUAGCAGUGUUUGAACCACGUAUUGCCGAUGCUGUAGUUCUGUUUGAAGUCAGGAGGAAGCCAGUGUCCGUCUCUUCGUUCUGGCGAUACGGCGUCCCGUUUUGUGGGUUUUCCUGGUGCAUUUGCCUUUUAUUCCACCCAGAUAGCCAAGGCCAGCCCAGUCUGGCUGGUACAGCCCUACCCCCCCUACCCACCCCCCCCCCCACCCCCGCCCCAGGUCAGCUGCUCUGCUCUGUCACUUCUCACUCCCAAGCCCCACAGAACAUCUCUCCAGGCGGAACCGGCUGAACUGACCCCAGCAGCCAUGGGUUAUUACUGCUCUGCUAGGCUUUCAGAGCUACCCCUCAGCUGUCGGCAGUGUCCUCCUUAACAGUACUCAGAGGUUAGUUAUUUAAACCUAAAUGUGGGGUGUCCAUGACUCCAGGCUUUGUGAGAGUUAGGCAGCCCACAGCAUAGAACUCACCAGAAACAUCCACGGCUCUUGGGGAGGCAUUCAGUUCCCUGUUCAGGAUCUCUGUAUCCUCCAUCUGCCUUGCUGUCAGGGCUGCUGCAUCCUGGCGUGCACCCAGGGAGCAGCACAGGCCUGUGCAUAUCUGUAGGCUUGUUUAUUUCAUUCAUGGACAAGAGUUCCUGGUUUUCUUUCAUAAAUCUUUUUUUCAGAGAUACCAAACCAUUGCACAUAGUUCAGAGAAAUUCAGUUAAGUGUAGAAAGCUAUGUAUUUCUGUAUUUCCUAAAACAAAAAUGAGUGUGCGUCUUCUCUUAAGCUAGUGUGACCAUGAAUCUGUGGAUAGACCUGUCAUGUUCUGAGAGCAUGGCAUCUGAACUUGAUUCCUAGGGAGGAAGGCCCAAUGGAAACCUGGACCCUCCUUCCUUCUAAGCAGGUGUGUGGGAGAGAGACCAUUGGAAGCAAUAGGGUCACUUGAGAAACUGCCGUGUGGCUUAUUGUCAUAAGUCCUGUUGAGACACGAUGGGGCUGGGUCUGUAUCCACCUUCAUGGUGUGGGGACCAGCGGGAGUCAUGGGUCAGCAUGGAGAAGCAGAGAUGCCCUACGGGCUGAGGAGCCUGUGUCACAGCAGAGAGGCAGUCCCCUUCCGUCCUGUGCUAAGGAUGUAGUGUUUGGAGUCUGCCCCUCACCUCAGCUUGGAUACAGAUGGAUUGGCUUUGGGGCCUGUCCCUGGCACAUGGAGGAGCCUGCCUCUCCACAGCUGGAUGGACCUGGAAUCUCAUCUACCUCGUAGUCGGUCUCUACGUGUGAGAAGCAAGCUUACCGGCCAGUGUCCUCCAACAUGCUGUAGCACUUAAAGAUUUCCAAGGGUCCCUGGGGAACUAGACCCAGGGUUGCUGUGACUUUGAGUUCUACUGGGAUUCUAACUGGUACUGGGGACCUGACUUUUGUUUUUUUUUUAGCCUUAAUUAUAGCCUGGCAUAAUCAUGUACAAUCUUCUGGAGAUGGCAUCAAGUGUAGGGGCACCCUGUUGGUGCAAAUGCUGGUUAAAACAGAGUUUGAAAUAAAAAAUUUGUCAUAUUCACGCCUCUAAA